UUGUACCCGUUUAUAUAUUGGUUGAUGUAAAAAGCUAUUUGUUAAUUCAUAAUUCAGUAUAAACGUUGUUAUCAUACCAUGGAUAUAAAACCUUUAUAUAGAUACAAGUCAGUUCAAAGAGCGAAUGCAAACGCAUAAUCUGUCGCGUUCACUCAUGUUUAAAGGGAGUCCAGGAAUCUAUUAAUAAGACAGACUUAAAUGGAUGAAAAACGCAGAAAAUAAGAAAAAUGUUUCCGGGGAAUUUUACAACUGGGCAUGACUUUCAGCUAUGGGGAUAUUUGCGCGAUACCUGUUGUGGUGAAGGCUUUUAGACAUUACUGUGGAAACACACAGGACUGUAAGAUGUAUGCGUUAUGCAGCAAACAAGGUCGGAUUGUUGCGGAACGUUUUAACCAACUACUAGAUAAAACUUCAUGCAAGAUACGUUUUGUUGUGCCAGCGGUAACAGAAAUUGAUCAAAGAGCAACUUUAACCCACAAGAAGAAGUGGGAGAAAGAUGAAGCGGUGGUGUUUGAAGAAAAGCUUAAAGGGGAAUUUACAACAUUUGUUGACAAAAGGGGGGAAACAUCCGCACAUUGUGAUUUAAUUUUGGAGGCCUUUUGUCAUUUUUCGUUACACGUAUCCGGAGGUUGUUUUGUCAUUUGUGGCCUGAAAGGCGUUCAAAGAAAGGACGCGUAUGAAUUUACUCUUACUAAUCCGACCAUACAUUCCCGAGAGGGUAAAUUUGGCCCAAAAGACAAACGAGACGCUGGAAUUCAAGACUUCAGUAGUAAUCAUACAUGUAAUAAGUUCUGUCACAUGUUUAUGAAUAAAUCAGCUUGUGAAUUAGACAAAGCAUCUGACGAGUGUUGAAUUGGACUGAAGUUAGUUCGCACCUUAACAGAAAGAAAACACCAUUUCCGAGCGGGGGAUACUUGAUCCUGCCACAGUGAAAAUGCCAACAUAACGUCACGGUGCCGUUGGAGAAGUUAAUCUGUGUUGUGGGCAAGCACAAAAGGUUUGUGGAGGCACUGUCAUUCAUGGAGGUACAAGAACACAUAGGGGCAUAGAUACUGAACUGGUGUGAGAAUUGUCAAACAAGUGCCUUCGAUAGUGUUCAGGCUGUUGAAAACCCAAAUUUAUUCUAUUUGCUGGAAUGUUCGCCCUCGUGACAGUUAUACUGACAUGUCAGAGGAGCAAAACGGGUCAACUGAUUAUAGAAACGUUGUAACAUACACAGUGUUAUUAGUUCUCCCAUUAUUUUGAGAGUCAAAAGGCUAAAUAUACAUUCCUAAUGGAAAAAUGUUCUAUAUUCUUUCUAGCGGAAAUAUCAUUUAUAGGCGAAAUCGACGCAAGCUAUAUUCCUGCAUUCUUCCCAUGACUCGUUCCUUUAGGAAACCGACAAUGACUCUAUUGACUCAAGCGACCUCAGUCGACGCAGUUGUUAGAUGACUUAUAGUAUAUAAGCGGCCUGAAGCAGGUCGCGAGGCUGGAUCAACGGUGUAGAAUAUAGGGUCGUCCUUAUGAGAUAUACAAUAGAAUACCAACAAGAGUUAAAACAACAACAAAAUUAUUCUAACCUACAAAUGUAAUACAAAUGCAUUUAUAAAUUAUCAUAAUAUUUGACUAUAUAAAAAUACUAGUUCUUGAAAAUCAAUUUUAAGAGAGAAAUCUAUAUCUGCUUUUUCAUGUGUUAUGUUUCAAAUUAUGAAAUAAAUAUCAAUUCGUAUUCGUCUAA